GGCAAGACGCGCCACAGAACAAGUCACCAGCUAGCCAGUUUGACUGAUUGAUUGACACAACUUCGUUCCCCUGUCAAGACUGAGCACUGAGCCAUAAUGUCCUCACUCCCCCCCAUGGCUGGCCUUCUCGGGCUGUCCGUGUUUCUCUCCUCAGCAUUCGCCAGUCCAACACCAGUAAUCCAUAGGCGAGCAGGCGCCAUCACCUGGCGUUCAUGCUCCUCCGAGUUCAACACCACCACCCUUGGCGCCAUGUGUGGUAACCUGGAUGUGCCUCUUGACUAUACGGGCAAGGAGUCCAGUGAGAUGCUGCAACUAGACUUGAUCAAGAUUCCUGCAACCAAGGGGGUGCCCAGGGGUAGUAUCAUGUUCAACCCCGGAGGCCCAGGCCUUCCUGGCAACGAAUGGCUCGACAGCUCGGCUGCAUUGUUGUUGGCUGCCACCGGUGGACAACAUGACCUCAUCAGCUUCAACCCUCGGGGCACUGGAAAGACCCUGCCUGUCAUUUGCUUUGACGAGCAAGACCCCCAGGAUGCUCUCAAAAGGCUCGCAAUAGAAGAGAGGCUUUCCCAUACAGGAAACUCGUCCGACGUGGCCCAGGGCAGGAUAUGGGCCACUUCCCUUCAGAUUUCUGAGGCUUGUGCUAAAAAGAAUGCAGACAAUGGCAGGUUCUUAGGCACUGCCUUUGUCGCGCGAGACAUUAUCCAAAUCGUCGACGCCUUGGAAGAGGACGGGCUCCUUCGAUACUGGGGUAUGUCUUAUGGCACUUUGCUUGGGGCUACUUUGAUAGCCAUGUUUCCGGAACGGAUCGAUCAAAUAGUUCUGGAUGGCGUGGUAAACCCUUACCUAUGGUGGCAGUCAUACAGUGAGGAUCAACUAGAUGACAUGGAUGCCACAUUUGGCGAGUUUCUCUCGCAAUGUGUUGCCAACGCAGAUCAAUGUCCUCUUGCUGGAAACCGCAGAAACCAGACUUCUCAGGACCUCGAGGUUACAGUCAGAGAUCUCCUCGAGCAUUUGAAAUACAACCCCAUUGUAAUCCCCGACUCGGCAACGCUGUUCGACUACAGCGCGCUCAAGAAUGCCAUCUUUGCGAGCAUGUACGGCCCGGACCUUUGGCCCGCCCUUGGCCGAGGGCUCGAUAUUCUCCUCACCACGCCCCUUAACACCGCAGCACUGGCCCAACUCGUCACCUUUUGGAAGUCCAUCUUUGGCGACCUGUCGCCGUACGCCACCCUUUCUAUCCGAUGCAGCGACAAGGUGCAACGCGAAGAGUCUCUGGACGACAUGCUGGAAAAGAUCAAACCCAUUCGCGAAUCGAGCUGGCUCGGCGGCGACGCCAUCGACGCCACAAGCAUGAUCUGCGCCCGCUGGCCCUUUGAAGCCGCCGAGCGCUACCUCGGCGACUUCAACUUCAAGACCGCCGCCACCCCGCCGCUCGUCAUGUCCAAGACCUUUGACCCCGUGACGCCCCUGGUCUCGGCCCGCAACGUCACGGCCGGGUUCGACGGUGUGCUGCUCGAGAUCGAGGGCGGCGGCCACGCGUCCAUGGCUCAGCCUUCCACUUGUGCCUUCAAGGCUGUGCGCGAAUACUUUGGUGAGGGGAGGCUGCCUCGGCCGGGGACCAAGUGUGACAACGAUAUCGGCUAUUUCCAAAGCCCUGAAGCGGUCUUGGAGGCCUGGGCGAAGUUGUUGCUGGCGCUGGAGUAGAGUUCCACUGCCGGCAUACUAACUUUAUGUCCUGGGUUUUGGUAUGAUUUCCUAUUCUUGAAAAUCAUUCCCCUCAUUCUUUUCUUAUUGGUUCUGAUGUCGAGGAUGUUUCCACUCAAAUUCUUUUUGUAUGUCUUUCUCUGCUCGAUACACUAUGUCACUUCUCACACAAGUGACCACCAACUCCUCCAGCCAGCAGCUUACGAGCUAGAAAAUGGCAGUUGUCAUCUAUUUCAAACUGGUGUGUUAAAAUACAAUGAUAUGAUUAUAAAAUUUAAUGAGGUGGACAAGCGGAAUAAUCGGUAGAUCAAAAAGCCCAAGUUUGUCGAGCAACAGUGUAGUAUCAUCUUUCCAUGGUCUCUUCUAGGGUGACGGUGCGAGAAACGCUGGUCUAAUUAAUCUAACCCUACCGAGCUUUGAAGUAUCGAAAUAAG